AUGGGCAAGUCAGAAAUGCAACCUUUUAGCCUGUUUGAUUAUGUAUUGUUUUCCCUGCCAAACUUCAUUGGCUCUUUCACCAAACUUGAAUACCUGAAUCUCUCCAAUGCCGGAUUCAGUGGUGCCAUUCCUCAUACCUUUGGAAACCUAUCCUGCUUGCGCUAUCUUGAUCUUAGCUCCAAUUAUGAUCUACAAACUAAUGACCUCCACUGGCUCUCUGGAAUGACUUCUUUGUGGUGGCAUUUAUGCUACUACCGAUCUGCCUCAUUAUCUCAACUUCACAUCUCUUCGUGUGCUGAUCUCUCUCACAAUAAUGGCCUGAACAUCACUCUGCCUCAAUGGUUGUUCAAUCUCACUAGCCUUGUUCAUCUUGAGCUCUCUGCUUGUGCUCUGUAUGGCAAGUUACCAGUCACAGUAGGUAACUUGAGUCGCUUGAGAGUCUUGAACUUGUCUGGUAAUCAUUUUGAUGGAGUGAUUCCAGAGUCCUUGGGAAAUCUUGGUAGCUUGGAGAGCCUUGAUUUGUCAGAUAAUGAACUCAAUGGAAGCAUUCCAGAAUCUCUAAGCAAUCUUACAAAUUUAGUGUUCUUUGAUUUGUCUUAUAAUAAGUUUGGAAAGUUGCCAGAGAGCAUCGGGAGGCUGCAGAAGUUGGUGGAGUUUCAUUUGUCCAAUAACCAAAUUCAGGGAUUGAUGCCUGCAAGCAUUGGGGACCUGAGAAACCUGCAAUAUUUGGAUUUAUCACAGAAUAUGAUCAGUGGAGCCAUUCCUGAAUCCUUUGGCAAUCUCACACUUUUGCAGCAUUUUGAUGGGGCUGUUAACAAUCUCAGAGGCAAAUUGCCUGAAACUAUGGGGAAUUUUAUUCACCUUCAGUUUCUAUAUUUGUCUCAAAAUAUGAUUGCAGGGGAACUACCAGGGAGCAUGGGAAAACUCACAAGCUUGACGGUGCUUGAUCUAUCAAUGAACAACAUUAGUGGAAUAUUGCCAAAAUCCAUGGGGAACUUAUGCAAGUUACAGUGGUUAGAUUUAAGUAGCAAUUUAAUAAAAGGAGCAAUUGAUGAUCUUGUGAACCGCUUGUCUAAUUGCCCUGAGAACUACAUAAGAAAUAGUUCUUCUGUUUCAGAGGACACGGAUGGUAUGAGCUACUUAAAUUUGGCGAACAACAGAUUUAAUGGAAGGGUCCCAGAUAGCAUAGGUAGGUUAGCUAAUCUGAGAAUCUUACAGCUCAAGGAAAAUUCAUUUGUUGGCACUUUAACUGAACACCAUUUUCUAAAUCUAACAGACUUGUAUUACAUGGAUUUCUCCUAUAAUUUGCUGCAGCUUAAUGUGCCCAACGAUUGGGUGCCUCCUUUUUAUGCUGAUACUAUCAUGAUGUGCUCUUGCAGAAUAAGCUCUGUGUUUCCUGCUUGGCUUAAAACUCAAACAGGGCUGGAGUAUCUUUGUCUAUCAGAGGCCGAAAUUUCUGGCAAUGUCCCAACAUGGUUUUGGAAUUUAUCAUCCAAUGGUUUGGUCUUGCUCAAUAUAUCGCAUAAUAAUUUAAGUGGAAUUCACCUACUUUUGCAACAUUCCUCCUUGGAGAUUAUUGAUAUGAGCCGCAACAAAUUUGAAGCAUACCAUCUCUGUAACCUCACUAUUUUGAAAAAUGCUGGAUCUGUUAGCAACAACAUGCGUCUGGAGAACUUCCACAUUGCUGGAAUCAGCUUUCUGGUACAAUACCUUCAUGGAUUGGAAGUUCUUGCAUCAUUAGUAUUCCUUCGCUUGAGAUCAAACUUGUUCGAAGGUUCAAUACCAGAGCAAUUAUUAAACCUCUCAUCCCUCCAGGUUCUGGAUCUUGCACAAAACAACCUCUCAGUUGUCAUUUUUCCUCAUACUUUUGGAGGUUUUAAAGUGAUGGCCACAAGUUACAGUGAAAGAUCCCGGCUCUUGAUUUCCCAAUAUGAUCAAGAGCGCAAUUUCACUAAUGUUUCAGGAACAUACGAGUACUUGGAGUCUCGUGCUUGUCCAAUUGCAGCAGAGAGAACAAGAAAUCCAUUAGACAUGGUUCUAUUUCGAGGAGGACAUGGAUGGUUUAAUCCAAUUAAGUGCAGGGAGGCAGCAGAUUUAAUGGGACUAUUCCGAACAGGCAAUCGCAUUUCUGCUUGGCUUAAAAACUUCGAGACACACUUGAAUGAUAUUUUUGCCUAUCGAUGCCGAAUUUCAGGUUUGAUACCAAAGAUGGAGGACGUUGGUUUUUUGCAAGUCAUAGAUUUGAGUAACAACUCUAUCUCUGGUCCUAUUCCAUCUUUCUUUUCUUUGGCUGAAUCCAUUGAAGUUUUCUCUUUGGCAAAUAAUCAUAUUAGUGGUUGUUAG